AAAAUUAAAAUGGCGACGCUGACCAGGAAGUGAGAUAAACAACCGUGCCGAAAGAAAUAUGGAUUAAUUUCGGAAUUUCAUACGGUCUAAAACAGAUUCUAGGGACUGUCGGUCGCCGAGGUGAGGAAAAUCGCGAGGAAAUGAGUAUUCACUGUAUCCGACAUGGCUGGAAUAUGAUGAAAUGCAUCUCUCCAUUGGGCACGCUGGCCAGCUUAGUCCCUGUGGUGCUGCAUAGAGCCUGAUGCCCAUUCUCGCAACAUCUGUCGUCAUGGACACGGAGGACUUCCUGCACCCAGAGGGCCCUCAGCUGGAGAGCCCCGAAUACAUUGCACCCAGUCCUCCACUCCCCAGUGCCGGCGAGACUCAGCUGUUUUCCUCUAACUCGUGGCCAUUUCCCCAGCAGCCUCAGUACAACCAGUACAGCUAUCCUAUGCAACAAUCUGGGAGGCAGUUCCAGGUCAACCCCCCAUCUGUGGACGAGUUCAUCUCAUUCGCUGAAGUGGAUUUCCCUGACCUCACAUCAGGCAGAAAUGGAGACUUCCAACCAGACCUGUCGUGUAUGGAUGACCUGUCCAACACGUCCCUGUUCUCUUCUACCCCUGAGUCUCUUACUGAAUAUACUGACCCUCCUGGCAUUAGCAUUGAUUGCCUGUCCCACACAACCAGCGAGGGCUUUGCCUCAACACAAGCAUUCUGGGACACACCUGGACAUAGCCAGAGACAGUCACCCAGGUUUCCAGGUUUACAUAUCAAUCCCAUCUUGAACAACCAACAAUUUACAGGAUUUAAGCUCACUGAAAUCAGUCAGACUCCGCCAGAGGAGGAAGAGGAGGCAGAUGAGGAAGAGACAGAAGAACUUGGCCACGUAGACACUUAUGCUGAAUACAAGCCGUCCAAAUCUACUAUAGGAAUUUCUCAUCCAGACUUUGUGGUAGAGACCAGCACUCUCUCCAGUGUCCCUCCCCCAGACAUCAGCUACACACUCUCCAUCCCAGAAAACACUAUCCGGACUGGCCAGCUUUCUGCCCUGCAGCUCGAAGCGAUCAUUUAUGCCUGCCAGCAACAUGAGGUUAUCCUGAAGAAUGACCAGAGGGCAGGUUUUCUGAUUGGGGAUGGAGCGGGUGUGGGAAAGGGUCGCACUAUAGCUGGCAUCAUACUGGAGAACUACUUAAAAGGAAGGAAGCGAGCCCUGUGGUUCAGUGUGUCUAAUGAUCUGAAGUAUGAUGCAGAAAGAGACCUCAAGGACAUAGAUGCCCCAAAUAUUCCUGUGUUUGCUUUAAACAAGAUUAAGUAUGGAGACACAGCUACCUCAGAGGGUGUCCUGUUUGCCACAUACUCAGCGCUGAUCGGGGAGAGUCAGGCAGGGGGACAGCACCGCACUCGACUCAAACAGAUAUUGGAUUGGUGUAAACCUGGCUUUGACGGAGUCAUUGUGUUUGAUGAAUGCCAUAAAGCCAAAAAUGCGACAUCUACGAAGAUGGGCAAAGCUGUCCUGGAUCUGCAGAAUAAGCUGCCCCGCGCCAGGGUGGUGUAUGCUAGUGCCACAGGUGCCUCUGAGCCAAAGAACAUGAUCUAUAUGAGCCGGUUGGGGAUUUGGGGAGAGGGAACACCUUUCAAAACAUUUGAGGACUUCCUACAUGCCAUUGAGAAGAGGGGUGUUGGCGCCAUGGAGAUAGUUGCCAUGGAUAUGAAAGUCAGUGGCAUGUACAUAGCCCGGCAGCUCAGCUUUUCUGACGUGAGGUUUCGGAUCGAGGAAAUCACACUGGAUAAAGAGUUCAAGGUGGUCUACAACAAGGCGGCACGUCUGUGGGCUGAAGCUCUGGAAGUGUUCACCAGGGCUGCAGAUAUGCUGGGACUUGUCUCCCGUAAGUCCCUCUGGGGUCAGUUUUGGUCCUCUCACCAGCGCUUCUUUAAAUACCUCUGUAUUGCCGCCAAAGUGCGCCGCCUCGUGGAGCUCGCAAAGGCUGAGAUAAAUCGUGGCAAGUGCAUUGUGAUUGGACUACAGUCUACUGGUGAGGCCCGCACUCGUGAGGUUCUGGAUGAGAAUGAUGGACAUCUAGACCGAUUCGUCUCUGCAGCUGAGGGUGUGUUUCAGUCUCUGGUUCAGAAGCACUUUCCAUUAGAGAAACCGAAGAGAGAAAAGACGGCUGGAAAUAAAAGAAAGCGAAAACCGAGAGGUCGUCCACCCAAAUUUCCAAAGCACUGUGUAGAGGUGGGUGGAGUUAUUAAGAUCAGCGAUGGUUCAGAUUCAGACUCCGAGGACAUGGAUAGUGACUCAAACUCGUCCCCUGAUUCACUGCAAGACAAUGAUGACGUCAUCUUUGUUAACCACAUCAAUGGACCUACUGCAAAACUGGAGGAGUUGAAACAUGGCCUGCUGGCUAAGAUAGCAGAGCUGGGAAAGGAGCUUCCUCUUAACACAUUGGAUGAGCUUAUUGAUCAAUUUGGAGGGCCAGAGAAAGUGUCUGAAAUGACUGGUCGCAAGGGUCGAGUGGUGCGGAGGCUGGAUGGGAGGGUGCAGUAUGAAUCACGUGCUGAACAAGGAUUCACCAUCGACCACGUGAACAUCAAAGAGAAGGAACGCUUUAUGGCUGGUGAAAAGUUGGUGGCGAUCAUCUCAGAGGCUGCAAGUUCAGGGAUUUCUCUACAGGCAGAUAAACGUGUGAAGAAUAAAAAGAGAAGGGUGCACAUGACACUAGAGCUGCCAUGGAGUGCUGACCGCGCCAUCCAGCAAUUCGGUCGGACUCAUCGCUCUAACCAGGAAACGGCUCCAGAGUACAUCUUUUUGAUCUCAGAGUUAGCAGGAGAGAGACGCUUCGCUUCCAUUGUGGCCAAGCGCCUGGAGAGUUUGGGGGCACUGACACAUGGUGAUAGACGAGCCACUGAGUCCAGAGAUCUGAGCAAAUACAACUUUGAAAACAAAUAUGGCACAAAAGCUUUGGAUAAAAUCACUAAAGCCAUCCUGAGAUGCAUUGAAAACAAAGUUCCUCCACCAAAAGGCUAUCCAGGGGGUGAAGCAAGAUUCUUUACAGAAAUGAAGAAAGGGAUGAUUGACGUGGGUAUUUUCUGUAAGGAGCCACGCUUUGGCCUCAACACAGAGAAAGACUGCACCAUCACUAAAUUCUUGAAUCGGAUUCUGGGCCUGGAGGUGCACCAGCAGAACUUUCUCUUCCAGUACUUUAUUGACAACUUUGAAUACCUGAUUGACAAGGACAAAAAGGAAGGCAAAUAUGACAUGGGAAUACUUGAUCUGGCGCCAGGUAAUGAUGAGAUUCAUGAAGAGAAACAGGAAGUGUUCCUGACUCCUGGGAACCCCCAAGAAGGCCAGGUCAUCCUCUAUAAGAUCAGCGUGGAUCGGGGGAUGCCGUGGGCCGAUGCCGUGCGCAAAUCAGAGACAUUAACUGGGGAAUACGAGGGGUUCUAUCUUUCUCACAAGCUACGAGGGAGCCAGCCGUGUGUGUUGCUUGCUGAGCAAGGCAGGGGUCGUAAUCUUGUUGUCUAUAAGCCUAACAUCGGUAGGCAGGCCCAUCCUGAGAAUCUGGAGAAUCUGCUGCAGCGAUACAGAAAGGUGACACCAGAAGAGGCCAAAGACUGCUGGGAGAAUCAGUUUGUCUUCUCGUUUCAGAAGUGUAGCCACGCCAACUGGAAAGGUAAAUGUAAGCAGGUGGAGCAGGGUCAGGAGUGUUGGCUGGGCAUGCGUCUGCGACAGUAUCACAUGCUGUGUGGGGCUUUGCUAAGAGUGUGGAAGCGAGUCGCAGAUGUCGUCUCUGACAUCACCAACUCUAGCAUCCUGCAGAUUGUGCGCCUCAAAACUAAACAGAACAGCAAGCAAGUUGGUAUAAAGAUACCAGAGAACUGUGUGGAGCGUGUGCGCAGCGAGCUCUCUCAGAUGGAUGCCGAGGUGAAGCGAGCUCGCCAGCAGAAGGAGCUGAAAGCGCAGGAGCGUGCAAAGGAACAGAGCAUCCGCCAGGAGCUUCUCAGGUUUGAGCAGCAGAAACUCCUCUACAGACACAAGAACUUGAGUCACACUGCUAUGCAUCUAGCAAACCCUCCACCAUACCCAGGCUCACAUCCUAUCCAGGCUGCCCUGCCCAAAAGCCAUGCUGUGGAUGAAGUGCUGGACCUCACUCUCAGCCCCUGCCCCUCCCCUGAGCCAAAACCGACUCAUGCAAACGGAACACUGAGCCUGAACGGAGUAGCAGGAUUGAACGGCAUCUUUGGCAUGCGGAGAGGAACCGGGGAAGGAGGGCUGAAGUUCCCCGAGACGUUUCACCUGGAAGAGCUGAUCUCACAGGAGCAGCAGAGGGAGAGACGACCGACCUUACAGCACAACAUGGCCCAUAACAGCAUAGAAACCCUGCAAACCAUCCACACACUGAAGCAGCACACAGCUUUGAGCGUGCUGCAGCAAAACAGGGCAAACCCGGGACACUUGCUCACUCCCCAGCAGAACUCUAGUCAGUUCAACACACAGCUUCUGAGACACAAUGGGAGCAAACCAGACAUUAACCCACUAGCCAACCACGGCAUUCGUGUGCAGCAGUUUCCACAGCGUGUGAACUCCAUGUCACGACCACCUCACUUGCUUCAGCCAUCUCAGCAUCUACAGCAGGAUGGUCAUCAACACUCACUGAUGCACACACACGCACGCAGUUUGCAUACACAUGUGCGGGAAAACAAAAUGCCAGUCAACGAACCUGCUCCUCUUUCUUUAAAACUGGGUCCGCAGUCUCAGCAGGGGUCACUUAGCAGCCAGUCUGUAACCGAGAAUUCUGUAACUCCACAGAACAACUUCGGUUUUAACCUUGACCUCCUCAGUCAUCCUUCAUACUCGGUAACCCCUCAAGCCCCUCCCUCACCGUCAUUUUCUUGUUCCACGCCCGGGACUUCGUCAAUCUUCUCAUCAGACCCCCAGCCGCCUUCACUCUCUGACUCCAUCUCCCCUUCUUCUCUGUUUGCGCCUUUGUCCGAGCGACUGCCUCUUUCAUUAUCCAACGGCCACUGCAGCAUGGACGCCCAGGAUUCCCACAAGGGCCUCGAUCGAAUGGCUCGUGGAGGUUCAGCGGACCGCCGCCACUCAGUCAUUCAGUAUAAUUCUCCAGACUGGGACACCACCUAGUGGCCACUAAUGCCUGCAAAUUUAUAUCACCACUGUACAUGCACAUGGCAGUACUGUUGCUUUUCUUUACUGUGAUCUCAGCAUGUCUGGCUGAGGUAUUUUGCAGUAGGUGUUUUUAUUCCUUCAAUUUGUCCCCGUCCCCCACCUCAGAUCAUUCAUCCACUGGCUAUAGUGUAGUUCUUUACACCAUCAACAACAUUACUUCUGUCACUGAAAUUAAGGUCCAUUAAUUAGCUUGGCAUUGGUAGUUUUAUGGCUCGUGGGUUAGGUGAGGUUGUCAAGCGUGGUGAUGAUAUCAGAGUGGUUUUAUUCGACAUGGCCCACAUGGUCUUUGUCCUACAUCAACAAUUAAAACAUUUUUAGACCACUACACUAGUUCAGAUUUCUAGGAAAUUUAUGACUGAAUAUGGUUUAAUCAUCUCAACUCUGUUGCAAAGCAUUACCUUACUUAACACAUCUGCUGUUGCUUCUUCUGAUUGAUGCACAUUUCAUCCUUUUUCCAUUUAUUAUUUUUUUUUUUUUGUUACCGACCAAAUGCGUGUCAUCACAAAUGCUGAUCAGUUUGGAUUAUCAGAACAACUGUAGACAUCCUGGAAAGCCCUCAUCAGUGCACCUUUAAUACUAUAGAAAUGUCAAAUACGUGAUGUAUAUUUAUUUAUAAGGUCCUCUGGGCUUUUGUCACACCUACUCCUGCUUCCUGUUGAAAAUUGAACCAGACCUGGAAGAAAAUGCCUUUAGCUCAGUCAGUGCCUUUGUAUCAUUAAGAUGCAGUCAACAAUAUUGUGUGUGCGUGCGUGUGUCCGCGUGCAUGUGUGUAUGUUCUAUAAAAGCAGAUUAAAUGCAUAUUAUUUAUUAUUGCGAUCAUCAUCUUUCUCCCUCUACGAGGAUGUCUGCUCUAUUUCACCAGAGGGGCUCAAUGACUUAGAAAUUUAUAAUUCUGCUGUUUUACAUAUUGACCCAUGAAUUUUUUCCCCCCCAUAAUUCCAUGGGCCUGAGCCUGAGUAGAGGGAUGAAUGGCUGGAAAUAUCUAGGGUAUGAAAAUAAAGCUAACAAACUUCAUCCCUAGAUUCAUGAAGUACUCUAUUUGCUUUAUUGCUCGUUUUGUACUUUCUCAGGUAUAGCGUAUACUUAUUACUGUCCAGACCAAUUAUUAUUUAACUAAAAUAUAAAAACUAAAGGACCUUUUUUAAACUUUAGGGGUUGGACACCAAAUUAUUUAUUAGGCAACUCCGUCAUCUUAAGAGCUUUUUAUUUUUAUUUUAUUUUAUUUUUUUCUUCUUCCCUAAACCAAUUACAACAGUUAAUAUACUGGACCUCAUGCAAACCUCAGUCUCCUUCCUGAGGGAGCAAAACAUUUAGCAAUAAAGAUAAAUUCACCCCUUGAAUUUCUUUUUUUUUUUUUUUUUUUUUUUUUUUUUUUAAAUAAGAGCUUGAUGCUUGAUUAAGAUUCUUGUUAGGCUCUCAUUUUCUUUUAAUAUUUUUCAUAUGUAUCAGAAGAAUAUUAUAUUUAAAAAAAAAAAAGGAAAAAAAAUAUUACUAAGGAUACGUUUCUUAUGAGGUCAAGAUAUUCUUGUAAAGGUGGAAUGGAAGCAAUUUAUUGUCUUUGGUGUCGUCGUUCUUGAUGUUUGUAUUCUUGUUCUAAUGACUAUAAUUAUUGUUAUUUAUAUUCAUGGGACAUUUUAGUGGUGAAUAGUCCUGGUUAUAAUCUUGUAGUUUAACACUUUUAAACGUCUUGUUCGGGUCUUCUCUUCCUUUCUUCAUGUAUUCUCUAUUUGCGAACAGAAAAAAGUCAAAGCUUCGUUUAACUCUCCACCAAACAUUACUGCACUGCCUUGCACCAUGUCCAGCAUCGCUGUGUCAUUUCUUUCACACUAAGUGAUUCAAAUGUGCAGACUCUCUUUAUUGGGCUUUAGCCAUUGAUCCCAGUCACACCAAAGUCUCCUGCUUGGUCUUGUGUAAUCUCAGGAAAAGUUAGGGAAUCUUUUUAAGCAAUGCACAGCAGUGAAACACUGUGCUGCAUUUCUGACUACUGUAUUUCUUAGACUUGAGUUUUUCAAUAUUUCAAAAAAAAGAAAAAAAAAAAAAGACAAAACUAUCAGACUAUGAAAUGGCUUUCCGAUAUCCCGCAUAUUGAUUAGUAAAACCUGCCCAAACAAAAAAAAAAAUCUCCACUGAUUGGACAGUCAGUUUCUUGUUCUUUUUGGUCAUCACUGUCCUGUUUACUGUAUGUUAUUGUAAAUGGUUCCUUUUCAAUGUGUCUCUAAUCUGAGAUAUUCGCCCACUGUGUAAGAGAUGAGAUUUGCUCUGUUGUUACUCAGAAACUCGUCCAAUUUCUAUCCUCUUUCUCUACCCAAUCUUUUAUAUCCUGUCUAAGGCCUAAAAGAAAUCAUGAAACAAACACUUUCAUAACAAAAUACAAAACAUUUAUUAAAAGUGCUACUGAUUGUAUGUAUUAUUAUUGUUAUUUCCAGUUAAAAUUUAUUUUAAGCACUUUUUCCUUGGGCUUCUGUAUUUUACCUGAAUAUUUAUGUUAUUUUAGUUGUGAAAUGUACAUAUUGUAAACAACUGUGCCUUUUGAUUCAUUCUGAAAGUUUUCUACAACAUAACAGAAGGAAUAUAUUGUAUCGCAAUAUUAAUUUUGUUAACAAACAAAAUAAAAGUUUAAAGAGUUUGUUGAAA